AUGCUUUCGGGAACAGCUCUCAUCACAGAAGCGGGAUCUGGCUUCGGCCAGAGCGCUGCAUACUCACUGGCUCAGCACGGUGUUCGCCAAUUCGCGCUCGUCGACACCAACGAAGCCGGUUUGCAAGGAACCAUCCAGAAGCUAGCAUCGCAGUAUAAAGUAACAGACGUUUUGGGCGUGUCUACCGAAUGCAGUACCGAAGAGGCCAUUGAGGCUGCUGUUCAGCAAGCUGCAUCGCGCUUCGGGCGUAUCGAUUUCGCCAUCAACAAUGCCGGCUUCGGUGGGCCGAUGGGCGGCAGUCCGGACACAGCGCCCGCCGCAUUCGAAGCCCAUCUCAAAGACCACGUAACACUCUUGUGGUUGUGGCAUCGGGCCGAGCUACGACAGAUGCUACGGCAGGAGCCUCGCGAUGGGCGGUAUGGCCGUGGAAGCAUCGUACACGUCUGCUCGGUAUAUGCCUUCGCUGCCUCACCGCCUGGAAUCGCUGCUGGUGCUUAUGUAGCGGGUCGCCAUGCUAUACUUGGGUUGACACGUUCUGAGGGUGUGCUGUAUGCGCCACAACAGAUUCGCAUCAACGCGCUCUGCCCUGGAUAUAUUGCGUCUCCUACCAUCGACUCUUCGGAACAGAUCAAGGCUUUCAUCGGUAACCUUGUACGCGAGCGUGUGCCUGCAGGCCGCCUGGGACAGCCAGAGGAAGUCGCUGAUGCAGUGGCGUUUCUAGCUGGGCCCAUGAGCAGCUACAUGUUUGGUCAGUCACUGGUACUGGAUGGGGGCUACCUGGCUCAAUGA